CGCGAAGGUGGCUGCAAUGGCUGCACGCUUGAUGGGUAACUAGCGCUAAUAAAGACGAUCGCUUCUUUCGUUUUGCGAUGAGUGAAAUCCAGUCCGUGUUUCCAACGCAAUGGAGAUAGGUUUAUCCGAUACAUUGCUGGCUGGUGAUCCACGAUUGAUCGAUCAUAUAGUGGGCGAAGUCAAGUCGCAGGGCAUUUUUGAUCAAUUCCGUAAAGAGUGUAUCGCGGAUGUUGACACGAAGCCUGCUUAUCAGAAUUUGAGGACAAGGGUAGAAGGAUCUGUAAAUUCUUUCCUCAGUAAACAAGUAUGGAAACCAGAUCUGAACAAGAAUCAGUUGAGGGAGACACUGCGAAAGCAUAUACAUGAUGCACCGUAUCUGGACGCUGGUGUGGAACGGAUAGUGGACCAAGUGGUGAACCCCAAGGUCUACUCGGUUUUUACAUCACAGAUAGAGGAUGUAGUGUACAAAUUUUUGGGUGUAGAAAGACCGAAGGUGAAGGAGAAGUAUGGUGCUUGCGGCCUUAAGGAUUUGUUGCCUAAAGAUUUAGAUCCCGUCUCGCCCGAGUCCGACAAGAACAGCUUGAAGGACGUGUCGCUCGAGUCGGUAGACGCAAACGACAAUCUGAACGAGAAGCAAGAAGAGUGCAAAGAUGAGCAGAAGCUGCAGAACGAGGAGACGUACGGAGAUAAGAAUAAAAGAUCUGGCUCAGAAAAUGGACACAUCUCCUUGGAAGAGAAAGCAUCGGACGAGGUGUUCAAGGCUCUGGGCAAGACUGGUAACAGCUUGAAUUUGAACACGUCCGGAAAAUCGGACGACAAGCUGGAAGAGGAGGAGGAGGAGGUGAGCCCGACGUUCGAGCCGAUUGACAUCAUGAACCUGAACGAGUCCAACAUCUCCAACGACUCGCACCUGUCAGGAAUAUCGGAACUGACGAGCCACAGAUCCAGGAGCCCGGACUUUUCGAACGAGCUGUCGCGCGACAACUUCGAGUGCAGCAAUCAGGACUCCCAGCUGAGUAAGGUCUCCUCGGAUUCUCGAUUGUCCAUAGUGACGGACUUCGGUUCCUCUAAUCACGGUUUAACGCCGGUGCACGAUGCGUCGAGGGAUGAAACGACGAGGGACAAGUGCGAGGCGAACAAAGGCAGCAAGGAUAACUUCAAGGCGAUCAGAGAGUUCGAGAGCUCGUCGAAAAACAAGACGGUUAAAGGCAAUUUUGACUUUGCCAGCAAGAGUAAAGACACGACGCAAGAUUAUAAGGAUUUGAAGGAUUUCAAAAGUACGUCUAAAAGUGUGUCUUCCAAAGAGAACUCUCGCGACGCUACGGAUAGCGGUAUAAAGGAUAAAUAUGAGCACAAGAGCUCGAGAGAGAGGAACAAGGACGGUGAAUCCAUCAAGUCGUCAAAAAGCACGAAAGAAAAGACUGGCAGCAAGGAUGGAAAAUACUACAAAGACAAGAGUAGCGAAAGAAAGAAAUCCAGUAGCCACAGUAGCACGAAGUACGACAAGCAUAGCAAGAGUAAAUCUAAAGACAAGGCUGAUCAGGUAAAGGAGAGUUCCGAUAAAGCUAAAGAUAUUUCAGAAAAUCUGAAAGAUCACUCCAACAAGUUUAAAGAUGAGAAGCCUAAAGAAGCAGACAAGAAAGAUAAUAUUAAUAAGGAAGCGAAAGACUUAAAAGAUCUCUACAAAGAGAAAAUCCGAGAGCUUCGAGAAAAGAAGGAAUUGACGGAGAAGGAAAAAUUGAAUAAAGAUAAAGAUAAUAAAAUUACCAAAGACACUAAAGACAGGAAAGAUUCUCCUAAAGACAAACGAUCGAGCAGAAAAGAGCACAGAAGUUCUUCGUCGUCGUCAUCGUCGAGAAAUCUUUCUGUAAGUCAUCACGAAAGUAGAAGCAACAAGGCGUUGGAGAAAAUUGCCGAUGGAAAAGAUAAGCGAUCAGACUCUAAGGAUAAAGCAAAACGAGAUGAGAGGCGAUCAUUGAAGGACAAUAAAAGUCAUUACAGCAGCAAGUCGGACGUAUCGGACAGGUCAGAUACGAAAAAAGCUUCGAAGAGCGAGAAGGAAGACAAGACUGGCAAAGUAGAUGCGAAAAGAGAUGUCAAAGCAAGCGGUGAGAAAGCGACGAACGGUAAGAAAGACGUGAAAAACCACGUGCAACGAAGCAAGAGUUCGGAGCGCAACGAGAAAUCGGACAACAGAAAGGACUCGAAAAGUGAUAGUCCUUCCAAAGAGAAGAAGCGUCGGGACGACAAAAAGUCGAAAACGACGGACGAUCAUUCGAGUUUACGGAAGAAUUCCAACGACCGGCGGUCUACUGACAGGGAUGGUUCGAACGGCUCGAACAGCAAGACCUCGCCAUCCAACAAUUCGAGUUCCAACGCAACGAGCAAUAAAUCAAGCACGUCGAAUUUAACGAAGGAGAAUCACGUUAAUAAUCCUAGCGAAACGUCGUCGGACAGUAUCGAGGAGAUGCAAGUGAGCGACAUGAAAUUGUCGCAUCAGUCAAAUUGCAAAUUGUCCCAGAAAAUCAGUUCGCAGCUGUCGAGGGACGAUAAACACCAUACGAAAAUGGAAACUGAUACUACUGAUGAAGUGUACGACAAGCAGGGAGAGCAGACGGACUCGUGUGACGCGAGCCUACGCUUGAAGAAGAGAUCCAGCGAGGACGAUGAGUCAACUUCCUCCGGCGACAUGAAAAUCAAGAAGCCGAAGUUCGCGAGGAAUAUACACGAAGCUAAAAAAUUGAUGAAAAUCAGGAAGCAAAUGGAGAAGCAGAAGCUCAAAGAAGAGAGGAAAAUUGUCCAGGGAGCAGAGCAAACCGGCGAAUCGGGUGUAACGAAGGCCGACAAUCUCGAGAGUGUGCCGGACUACGAGCGUGUCCAGAUCAUAGAGGUUCGCGAUGAAGAGUACGAAGAGCCCUAUCCCGAAAAGUAUGAACAUUUAACGUUGGACGAACGAUCGAUAAUGCUGAGCGCCGAGUCUUGCACGAACGAUGUCUUAGAGCGUACACGCUCUAAUCUGAAGCCAACGUUAUCCAGUAUGGAACUGUGCAUAAAACAAUCCUUGAGCGAGAUAGUGUCGAAUGCGCCACUAAAGAAACCGCUCGCACAGCACUCAAAAGUUGACGAGAACGUCACGGAGUCGCAAUCGGCUGGCGACUCGUUUCAGCAGUCCUCCACUUCCUCGUGCGACGCUUCUUCGGCACCGCGAAAGAUCACCGAGAGAGACUUGCGGGAAUUCAGAGAGAUGCUUGAUGACGCGGUCUCGAAGAAUGUCGAUGCAGAGCAACGUUAUUCACAAACAGAUGAAACGCAGACUCAGAAACAGAAAGCAGCCGCGAUUCCGGAGAAAUCGGCAUCCAUGGAUCAAGAUGAGGAUAAAAGUACGAGACAACUGGCAGAGGAAAGUGCGGAAGCGCCGCGCUAUAACCAAGCGAAGGCGCAGGAUGAUAAUGAAGCGCAAAAUGACGAUCGAUCAGCGGCGCAAGACGACAAUGAAGAAUUGCAGGAUGAGAAACAGAGAACAGAGACGAUACCAUCGAGAGUCGAAGCAACAGACUCCUCGUGUAACCGUGUGGGAUCCUCGUCCCCAGUUGUCAGCGAGGAUAACGAAGACUGCCGCUACUUCAAGAGCGACAACGAGAAGUCGGAGAAAUUCUAUGAUUUCCUACAAUCUCUGGAAUUGGUAGGGAACUCGUCUCUGGAGGAUAUAAUUGAGAGUCUGGGCGGCAAGGUGGUCUCCUCACUACCGAAAUCCAUGGCAGCACCGCCGUUACCCAGACACAAACGCUCGUCCAGUCCGUUGUCCGAUAUCCUGGUGAACAAUUCGGACAAUAACAACGACGGUCACAAGCAGACGUUGUCUUCCUCGCCAAACGAGGACACGGUGCACCACGUCAAGAAGAGAAAGUUUGCCAAAAAACCGAGACUUUCAAGUUUAUGUAAUCCACAAGGGAUCUCGAACGGCGAGAACUUCGUGAUGCCGCUCAGUCCGGACAGCGACGUGUCGGCGACGAGUGACAAAACAGCGUCUAACGUGAUCAAAGAAGAAAAAAGUCGCAAUAGGAGCAGCCAACGGUACUCGAGCGAUGACUUGUAUAAACCACGGCCGUUAUUUUCGAGUUCUUCUCGUCGAAGCAGACGGUCUAAUCAAUCAUAGCUAGCACCACACGGAUUCAGAUGCUGAAUAAAUACUUAUAUGUUGUAUAAUUCCAAAGCAUAUUUUUCUCAUCUCGCUGCAUAGUAUUGUACGUCAACUUGGUGAUUCCUACAUUUAAUGUUACAUCCUCAUCGAAUGUUUUAUUAUUUUCUUGUGAAACAGUAGCAAUUAAUAGAAAAUAGAAUUCCUCGAAAACAACAAAUAUCUCGUUAUUUGAAUUUUAUAAUAUUUUAGACAUUUAUACUUAAAUUCCAAAACGUACGUUUUGAAACACUAGUAUUUGUAUACAUGGGUAUUUUUACAUAUUACAUGUGUGCGUACAAAGUAUGAAUCCGAAAAAUUAAUACGUACGAAUUGAAAAAAUUCUGCAUCCAUAAAAUUAUAUAUAUUAUGAAUGUAUAAUUAUUCAUUUUCAUUAAUAAUUUAUCAAAUAAAAUAUUCAAUAAAUUCAUAUAACAUUCAAAAGUUGCAACGUAAUCAGUUUCAAUCUUCCAUGGAAUUUCUGUUUGAUAUUGUGUCUAAGAAAGUGUGUGUACGCAAUUUUCUCUAUAAAUUGGAAUAUAUACAUCUAUUAUUACACGAGUUGUGGUACAGUAAAAUAUAAACAUCUAUUAUACGUGUUGUAAUACAGUAAAAUAUAUUUAUUAGCGUGUUUCAAAAUUUAGUAUAUUUAAUUCCUAUGUAUUAUAUUUACUUGUACGUAUGCGUAUGUUGUAUGUACAUACAUACGUACGUAUGAAUUAAAUUCAUAUAGAUGUACGUAAUGUCGAAUAUAAUUUCAAAGCUGUUGAAAGUGGUGAGUGAGUGUUCGCAUAAAGAUCAUUAUUUAUUUCCAUUUGCAAUUUUCGAUUGACAAUUAUUUUAAUAAGAAUGUUUGAGCACAAUCGUUUGCGCAAAUUGAAGUCGAUAAAAAAAUCUAAUUUUACGAUCUUCCAUAAACUAUCACAUUCAUUCGAACAAUCUCUAAAAUGUAUAUAUCUACAUAUGUAUUUUUUAUAUAUUACACUUAUAACAAGUUCCUUUAAAGAGUAUGAGUAACUUCUUAUGAUACCUAUGUACAUAAUUAUUGCACUAAAAUUUGUAUAGCAGUAUAUUAUAUUUAUAAGAUUAAUUGUUAGACUAACUUUCUGCAUAUCUAUGACAUGCUCUAUUAGUAGUUUGAAAAAUAAUUUUGUACACGUUCACAUCUUUUAUAUUACAAGUAUUUUAAUGAUUUAUCUCUCUCAAAAUUCGGAUAUAUAUAUGCAUAAUUAAAAGACUAAGAUGUAUGAACAUUGACAAAAAAACAUUAAAUAUAAGCAUCACAUGCUAUAAAUUCAUAACACGAUUUAAAUUAUGCCACGUCGUAAAAAAGUUGAUUUUCUAAUAAUAGUGAUAAUCUUCCAUUAUAUCAUAGCCUCUUAACAUACUCGAUCCAUAUUGUAAAAUAUUCAAGCAAUAAAAUAAUUAAAAAUGGCAAAUAAAA